AGAAAUUGAAGCGUGUAUUCGCGUGAUUUGUGAUACGUGUACGAUAUUGUGAUAUGUCUUCGCGCUAUUUGCGUCGGCUGGAGAAGGCUUCAGAAACUGCGACCUACGAAUCGGAUGAGGAAUCUGAUGUUGAAGAAAGUACUUCAAAACGCCUCAAUGCAUUUGCAGCCUUGACUCGAGAUGAUGGAAGCUCUGGACCCAGUGACCAAGAAGUGGACGAGCCCCGCUCGAAUCAGCAAUUCCAAUCUUCGCAGCCCCUUAAAACCAAGAAGAAGAAAAACAAUCGUAGGAAAGACAAAGGACACUUAGUUGUGAAGACGGAAGAUGAAAUCGAGGAAUCAUUAAGAGAAGUCGACGAGUUCCUCAAAAAGAGGAAUGAAUCCUUCGUUGAAAGUGCUUCGGCUGCUGUCGUUUCCCGCGAAGAUUCAGUUCUGAAAGUCAACUUCCGUUUUGUCAACGCCGAGAAUGAGAAAACUCGGAAAUGGGGCGUCAAAUCAAAUCGCGUCGAUUUGAGGAGAGGGAAGCAAAAAACUCCGCGUCUCAAUGCCGAUGUCAUCAGUCCGAAAAUGGAUUGGCCCCCGUGGGAGAAAAUUGGUGAGUCCCUUGAUUUCGAUCCCGUUGAAGAUUUAUUGGGAGUGGAUCCGUUUCACGUGGAUUGCUUGAUACAAAUGAGCAAAAUAUUCCGAGAUCAGGAAAACAAGGAGGAGGCCGCAGAUUUUGUCGAGCGUGCUGUCUUCGCAUCGCAAUUGGCCUUCCAUCCCCUAUUUUCCCUAACGGCUGGAGAGCGAAGGCUACCUUUUAAAUAUCGUGAAAAUCGGUCUUUUUAUAUUGCCUUAACCCUUCACAUGAGAAAUUGUGAAGAAUCGGGCUGCUACCAAACCGCGUUUGAGAUUUCAAAAGUUGUCUUCAACCUUGAGCCUGAAAAUGACCCUAUGGCUAUUCUUCUUCUGAUGGACACCUACGCUCUGUAUUGUGAUGCCCAUGAGUGGAUCUUGAAAGCUUUCGAGUUUUUCAAGGAGUCCAAGAGAACUGAUAUGCUCCCAAACUGGAAUUUUUCGCUAGCCUUGUCAAUGUUUCAUAUGGCUUCUGCUGGUGAAUGUUUGGGCUUCAGUAUUGAAGAUGCCGACGCCAAACUGCGUGAUGCUUUGAAAAGAUUUCCCGGUUUUCUCUUACCCAUGUUGGAAAAGUGUCACGUGGUCUCUGAGAAUCAACCGGGCUUCGAAUAUUUCACGGCCAACAUCGUUCCUGAGCCGAAGCCUUUGGCGCUACUUUUGGAGAUUUACAUCAAUGCGUCGUUUCACGUAUGGAAAUCUCGUGAAGUGAUGGCAUGGGUUGAACGGGUAGUGUCUGAAGUGUGCGUCGAACGAUUCAGUGGUGACAAAACGUUGCAAGACGAAGAACUUGCUCAGUCAUAUGGCAUGUGGAUGAAGCUACAGCAAAUACCGUUGAAUAUUAUGCGUCUCGUCACUGUGUUGGACUUGUUGUCUUCAGUUCGGAACAUCGCCUCCGCUUUGAGAAGAGCGAGUCCAUUGGAAACAGUGAUCACUGACCCGUUUCCUCCGCUGGAUAACGUGGUGUCUUACCGUGCACCACCCGAGCUUGAAACUGAUCCGGCCCUGCCGAGUUGGAGAAAUGAAUUGAUGAACGUCGCAUCAGUGAAUCGGUUACUUCUGAACUCCCUGAACCCCAAUUUCCCUGUGGCCUUUCCGGAAGGGGUUCCUUUGGGAGCUGUAUUCGGCGCAGCAGCGGAUGAAUUUCCGGAAGCCAGAGGACGCAAUGCUGGCGCUGAUGUCAUGCGGGCGUUUAGGCGCAGCUUGGACGAUAUUUUUCAAGGAUUCUUGGAAGGUGUGAGGAUGGCACCUGUGGGCGCGGGGUUGGAUGGAAACGGAGACGGUCAAGACAAUGACGGCCAAGUGGAUUGGGAUGAACCGGAAGAAGAUCGUGCACCGCGCAAUUGAGGAUCGUAAUGCAAAGCCAAUUUAUUUUUAGGGUGUUGUUCAGGCUCUUUCGUUUUGCAUCUACCCGAAAGAUUGUACCGCGAAAGAGCUCAUUGAAAAUGCAGCAAACGUCAACUAAGUACUCGUUGAUGGAAAGCUUCAGAGUACAUAUCUAAUUCUGAUGAAAAUAGGUGCGAUUUUUCAUCAAAAUUUUUUUUUGAAGACCGGCGGUUUCUUCACAAGACCGUAUCUUGCUUAUGGAGAAGGGUUUUUCUGAGAAUUAAACUGGAAUUUGUUUUCAAUCCACUGAAGAGUACUUCAGACUUUUCAAGCAAACUUUUCAAAGUGCAUCUCGCGUAAGACGAUUAUUUUUUCAAUUAUCGGAGCGCGUUCUUCAGCGGAAGGCGUAAUCGUUAACUUGUUACUCAAGAAUUUCGAGCCAAACUUUCAUGAACGCAUGAGGAGAUUGUUUUUCCAAUUACCGGAGCGUGCUUUGAGCCUGAAAAAAAGCAUGUAUGUGAUCGAUUGA